UAAAUCCGUGGCAAAUUUGCAAUUCUCAUGGGUUGGCCGACCGCCGAUGCGUCUGACGUCGAGAUGGAGCAUGAACCUGUCCCCCUCGACAGGGCCGUGAAGAACCUCAUCUCUGAGAGUGCUCUUGUCUUUGACGGUCUCACGCGUCUGUCGACGUCCGUACAGGACGCCGCCCGCGCCUACCGGUCUGCGCUGAUCAAGUGCGUGCGGGACAUGGACAGCGGCAACGACCUGUCCGACGUCGUGAAAGCAUCCGUGGCACUGCUACAUCUGUGUGAGAUCCUGUAUUUCUCGACCGCGUCGACGCUGCUGCCGUACGCUUUUGGGGCGUGGGUGCAAGAACAUUACGGGUCGCUGGAGCUGGAAGAGUUGGACGACGCGUUCCUCCAGCUUCAGAGCCACGUAUCUCUCGACACGUCCGACGACGACGCUACGUACUGGCCGACGAUCAUCCAGCUCGUGAUCUCGGGACACGGACGCAAGGCAUGGGAACUGCUCUCCCGCACCACGUCGACCCUCCAUUCCAAAUACGCGCCGUCCCUUGCAAGCCUCCGCCACCUGCUGGUCCACAUGCCGACCACGGCUUCCGACGCGUCGUUCAACUGGACCGCGUGGAACGAUGCGAUCCUCCAUCUCCUUCAGAACGACCCGCUGGCCUUGUCGGACGCGCACAUCCGCUUGCUCCUCGAGCUCCUCUCUGGCCAGCACCUCGAUCAGCAUGCGCGCAGCUGGCAUCAACAGGUCGUGGCCAAAUGCUUAUUCGAAGACCCCAAGGCGCACUUGUCGGCGCCCACCACUGGGCGCCGCAUCGUCCAGCGCUUGGAAGCAGCGUUCCCGUCGACGUUGCCGCCGUUCGAGCAGAUUGUAUUGCUUCUACUUCAAUACGACUUGACCUCUGCGUUGGAGCAUAUCCAUGGGCUCAGUGCAGCGUCGUUUCCUUGGUUUUUGGCCCACUUGGCCGAUUUGUUGAUUCGGCAGGGGGAACUCGCGCCCACCGAAACGUUUGUGCUGGCGUUUGUGCGCUCGUCACUCGUGCCUAGUAGUACUAUUAGUACUACUAGCCUCUGGCCCCUCGCAACGCUGUAUUUGGAGCAAUGCCCAACCAAAGGAGGUCCCGUCGUCCUGGAAUUGGUGCGGCAGGUCCCAAUCGAAUCGGACUUUGCUGCGAAUAAACUUCUCGACAUUUGCAGCACCUACCACCUUCCGCAAGCCGCCGCGGUCAUCGCGUCCGACCGGGGGCGGGCGUGGGAAGCCAAGCAAAACGUGGCCAUCGCGCUCACGUGGUACCUCCGUGCCAACAAUAUGGACGCGAUCAACAGUUUAUGUGAUGCUAUUGUCAAGCAAGACCUAGUUCACACGACUUGUUCGAAUGCACAACUGGACGCGGCCGCCGCCAUAUUGGCCGAAGCGCCGACGCUGUCGCAGACCGUGGACUUUGUCGUGAAGUAUCACAAUGUGACACUGGUGCUACGGGAUUUGGCCCACUUGCAAUCGAUCCAAAACGACGACGGGGAGAAUAGACAGAACCUCCCCACGAAAUGCGACGUGGUGCAGCGCGAUGCCGCGCGCCGAUUGGCUGAACUGUGCACGCACUGCAGCGUGCCACGUCAUCUGUGGCACUCGACGUGGACCAGUCUCGUGCCCCUGCUGCAAAAGUCCCCGCCCGUGUUUACCAGCGUCCAACUGUUUGGCCUCUUGGAAGCGCUUCAAGACCGCGAGAUUGCUUUGGAGACGACAUUUGAAACGUGUGACCAUGACAACGUUCACAACCUGCUAGGCCAACUGCACCGAGCGAUCGCUGUUUGCUUGAGCCAGACGCUGCUCGUUGAGGGUUAUUAAUAACAAAGCAGUUCAUAUGAUUCCACGUCUCA